UAUACAUUAUGUAUUAGAAAUGCAUACAAGCCUAAACAGAUUAAUUUAUGCACCAGGUAUGCGGAAAAGCUCUCUAUUCCUGCUUUAUAUAUUUAUUUGCUCUUCAAAAAUAUCAAAGAUCAAUAAAUAAAGAGAUGAAAGCUGAAUAAAUAGGCUUCACAUUGCUGUUCAUGUUUUAUUUAGUCCCAUUAGCAGCGUGGAUAUAUCCUUAUUAAAUGUAAAUGAUUAAUCAUACACAUGGAAGAAACAUGCAGGUUUAACACACAGGGUUUAUGCACAGUGCAGUAAAGGGAUAACGUAAUUAUAACUCAGGACAGAUCAAACUGCCUCAGUGGUUCUUGUGUGCAUGGUGUUUGCGUAGCUGGUUUCCUUGUCUUUAAUUAGUUACACAGAUGUAAAGACGGGGAAGUGUGGACUGACCAAACUGCCUCCCAUCCACUUGCAUCAAACUCAACAUUGACCAAUGAUUGUGAUCUAAAAGUAUGAAAGCAAAGCACCAUGCAGGUGGUCAGUCCUAAUCAAACCCUGAAGUGUUGUACAGACGUGCCAUUGAUACGAUUUCUAACAAACAGCAACAGCAUACUGAAUAACAUUACAGGAUCUUUGGAUCAAAAUGUAUACAGGAAAAUUUGUGUGCAUUCACAUUUGUGAUUCAUGUUACACAAGUGUUCUCCAGGGUUCGAGUCCCACCUCCUCUGAGUCCUACAGGUUCACUUUUUACUUUAAGGGUUUCCUCAGGGUACUCUCGUUUCCUCCCCCAGUCCAAAGAUAUGCGUUUUAGGCUGACUGGCAUCUCUAAAUUGUCCAGUGUGUGAAUGGUUGUGUGAUUGUACGAUAGACUGUCUCCAAUCCAGGUGAAUCUAGAGCUAGAAUCCAGUCUCCCUGAGGUCCAGUGUAGGAUAAACAGAUAGAUAGAUAGAUAGAUAGAUAGAUAGAUAGAUAGAUAGAUAGAUAGAUAGAUAGAUAGAUAGAUAGAUAGAUAGAUAGAUAGAUAGAUGAUGCAUUAAAAUAAACAUCUAAUGCUCCACUGGAGUUAACACAAUACUCCUGACUCGAGCCAAGAAAAACUGACUUCCAAAAUCUGCAUAACUGAGACUCAUCUCUUUUUCAAAGACUGAAUACUGAUUUUCGCGAAUUUUAGUGUUAGAUUGGAAAAAAUGCAUGCUUUACAUAACCUGAAGAGCAAAACCUAACCAUUAUCUCUUAUGACUGAAAUUUGUUUACUUAGCAAUCUUAGCAUAGCAGACAACCAGAAAAGACUCAGAGGAAUAACAGAAUAUAUCAACAAAUUAGCGCCAGACAAAAUCACUAAGCAAAAUAAAUACAAAUACUUUACUAUAAAUAAAUUUUAAGUGUUUUAGGAUGGAGCUUUUCUUUUAAUUUCUUUGAGACGCCCAUCAUCCAUUAGCAUAACAGCACUGGUUAUCAAGAUUGCUAGCUAUUGUAUGUCUAUCAACAUCUGUGUUGUACAAAGACGCUGUUUUAACUAAUGAUCAUGCAGACCUGAAGAACAGGUUAGGACAUAUGUGGUUUGUUUGGAUUUUUAUUUGCAAUGCUGUAGAUCACUGAGGGGAAAACCUGCUUGACAAUUGGACCGAGAUGGUGAGGAUGGUGGAGGAUUGUGUGGUGCCAAAGCCUAGGGGCCGUACACCGGUGGUGUGUGCGCUGGGGUUUGUCAGUAUUGCGUUUGCCAUGGUUUGGCUGCUGGACUCCGCACUCGUGAGAGAGCAGUCAGGACUUCUUGUAGUGGCUCUGAGUCUGGGUGCGACACUGCACAGCCUGUGCCUGCUUGCUGAAGAGUGGCUGUUUCAUUCACAACAGAGGUAUGGUGGCAGCAUUCAGCGGAUGCUCAGGGCCUGUUUCAACCGUGCUACUCUAGCAGGAGUGUGUGUGGUCGUUUUGUUGCUGGUGGUGGGAUGUCUUCAAUGGACACAUGAACAGCGUGUCUUUUGUGUCUUAACCAGCACAUUUUACCUGCUUCUGAAGAUGUUCAGAGUUCUGGGCCCUGCACCAGUAGAGAUCUCAGAGGUGUGUGAGAGCAGGCAGCUGAAUGUAGCUCAUGGCUUAGCUUGGUCCUUUUACCUCGGUUAUCUGAAACUUGUAAUACCAGCGCUGGAGGAACAGGUGAAGAAAGACUCCAACCAGACCGGAGUGAUUCUCCAUUCCUCCCGGCUACACAUCCUCCUUCCUCUGAGCGCAGUGGCCCCGGCAAAGAUAGAGGAAGAAGAUCAUAAUAUAUGUUUCCACCAGAACCUGACAGAGAUGCAGAUGGACCGUGCCGGGGUCAGGAGAAGGGUCUACAAACACAGCAUCUAUAAAAUCACCAACCAGGAAAAAGAGCAGUAUCUCUGCUUGUUGGAGUAUGCUACACCUCUGCUCACCCUCUAUGAGAUGUCUCAGGACAACACAGCAGGGUUCAGUGAGCAUGACAGAAGACAGCAGGUCUUGCUCUUCCACAGAACUCUCAGCCACAUCCUGGAAACUUCUCUAGAGUGUCGCAACCGCUACCGCCUUAUCCUGAUUGACGACCAGCAAGCUGCUGCUGAUCCUCACUAUCUGUCCACGGAGAUCAUCAGACACUUGCAGCAGCAGAAGCGUGAGAUCCCCAUGGACAUACUGGAGGAGCUGCCUCAGCCUGUGGCUGAACAGGGUGUGAAUUUCCACCACCAGGACGAGCCACUCAGCUCUCUGCCCAGCCUGAUGAUUAGCCAACCACACUCUCUGAGAUCAGAACCUGAGGAAAAUACAGACUACACCCAAAACAACCACUACAACCACAACAGAUACCGAUAAACUGAGGCUACACGAGUUACCUUCUGUACAGGUUCAGAGAUGUGAUGGGAAAUCUCUACACAUCUCACAGUGAUAAUUCACAGUGUCAUAGCAAAACUUAAUAAUCACAUCCAAUCAGGAUAGAUGGUUCUUUUUUUAAAAAAAAUAAAAUAAAAUAAAUUAUCCGUUAUGAAUACAUUAGGCUUUCUGUAUUUCCUAAGGUUAUCAGGAGAUUUCGAUCAUAUUCAUGCAUUCUAAAUGAAUUCUUAUGCAUUCUUAAGAUCUUUAUCUUCUAAACUGUAAAGUUUUUUUUAAAGCUAACAAGUAAAUCUAUAAUUUAUGAAACAUGAUUUGUUUGUUUUGUUGUUAUUUUUUUAAAAUUGUUUUUAGAGAACAUUCUAAUGAUGAGCAUAUUGGGCUCCAGCUAAGAUUUAACCUGACCGUUAGAGUCCUGAUAUGAAUUUAUUUAAUCAGACACAAAAGACACUUGUGUGCUUAAAAGUUACUCUCUCUCUCUGUUCAUGCUUUAACCGUGUUUGACCGUGUUUGUUGUCCCAGUUGUACGUCUCCUCAUCUAGCCCACUGUACCCUGUUUGUGGAUCGCCUGACCUGAGCCAGUUUACCUGACCUUGAGCUUGUCUCAUGUUUUGAAUUUAUAGUUUAUUUUAUCUUUAUUUUAAUCAUUUGUACCUUUAAUGUAGAAAAGUGAAUAUAAUCAUUACUCGUACUGUGUGUAUGGUUGUGUAUUUGACGAAU